UACAUUUGGAAAUCUGCCCCAGCUAAAAAUGUUGUGCCUUAACAACAACCAGAUAACAAAGAUUCAACCUCAUGCAUUUGCAAAUCUACCGAAACUCCAAAAUUUGGACCUUGGAUGGAACAAGAUGUCCUCCAUUCCCCCAUUCGCUUAUAGCCUGUUAACCUCUGUUCCUACCGUGAAACUUGACGGGAACCCCUGGCAGUGUGACUGUAGGAUGGCUCCCGUCAGACUAAUUCCUGCAUUUAACGACCAGAUAAAAUGUGCCCAACCCGCCAAAGUUCAGGGACAAAAGCUUGCAGAUGUGAAUCCUAGGUUGAUAUGUGAAGGACCAACGAGAUCAACACCUCAUGUUGAUGCCCAGAACACGUUUGCUUCAACUACAAUGUCCAAAUCUUCUUCAUUUCGCAAAACAGAAAUUAAUCUAGACCCCACAGCACAUCCUGUAGCUUCCCCAUUUGCUACUACCGGCAACAUCUCUGAUAUCCUGUUAACUUUCAACAAACCAGAAAUCAACCGUUACGGUCACCACAAAUCUUCUCCCAGUUUUUCCCUUCCUGCUCUCAUCGGCUCUGUCUGUGGUGCAGCGGCCCUCUCUAUUGUUGCCGCCGUCCUCAUCACAAUCUGGUGCAAACGAAACAGUAAGAAUCCUCCCUCUGGCCCGACUUCUAACAUAGCAUUGAGUAACAUCAACACCACAGCUACUGCACCGACUAGUGGCAAUGAUCAGACAGGGCAGGGCCAGUCUUUGGCGUCUACUCAACCCUUGAAUAUCAAACAUCCAUCGCACGUUAGACGCCCGGCUGUCUCGCAAACUCAUUACUAUGUAGACGCAGACACACCAAACUCCAAGACACCUAAAGGCCUCCCCCCUCUUCGUGAUGAUGAUGAGCCCACUUAUGUGGAGCCAGACGGUGCCCACUAUAUGACGCCAGAAGACGUCCUGUAUGAGAUGCCAGCAAACAGUCAUUGCGAGGAUGACAACCUUCACUAUUAUCAACCUCUAAAAAAAGAAGAAAAUUUACCCACUGAUGCUUCUGGCUAUAUACUGGUCGUUCCCAAUAACCCAAUAGGCCAGUGUUAA